CGGGAUGUGGCAAAUUUUGAGGUCUCGGAUAUGAAAUUCGAGAGCGAAGAAGGGGAAUCAGAAGAGGUGACAUCGGACUAUGAUCCAAGUGAAUUGUAUAUAUUAAACGCCAGGGAGGUUACAGAACCUAUCCGCGUAACGCUCAGGCUCUCAACUCUCCCGUACGUUUCUCCCCUGCUCCGUUCAUUUCUUCCGCUGUCGUGCCACCGACCGGAGACGCCGACCAGAGACGCUGCGAGGAGUGCCGCCGACCUCCGCCCUCCUCUCCUUCCUCCGUCGCACGCCUUCUCGUCCGUCGAGCCAGGGAGUGCAGCGGCAGUUCUUCUACCUCGAGCAAGCUUCGAAUUCGUCAAAUUUUGAGGUAGGAACACAGAUUUGGAUGGGCAACCCGGAGGGCAGUGAAGUGAUGGUGUGGUGUGGAUGGCUCUUGUUUAUUCCAAUAAUUAAACUACAUUAUCUUAUUUGAUUAUGUUGAACAUUAUUUUGGUUUUCCUAUGCUUCCGCGACGUUUGGAUUUAUUUAAUCACUCCGAUGAACUUUGGUUU